GCGGCGGCGGCGGGCUCGGCGCCGGAAGGUGAGGCCCUGCGGCCGCUCCCGCCGUGCCUGAGGGGCUCUGAGGCGGCCCUGAGGGGCCGGGCCGUUACCCGCUGUCCCCUCGGUCGGUUCCUCCCCCUGCAGCGCGCCCCGGAGCGGCCCGAAGCCGCUGGGUCCGGGCACCGGGUCAAUGUCUGAGAUCCAUGUUUUAUGUCUUUUGAGGAACGACUGCAGCUGCAGAGUGGUACGGCAACAAGAGUGAGCAAGCAGGUGGCCGGUGCGAAGAAAACUGCCAAGCCCGCAGUGAAGCAGCAACGAAGCAAAACGGGGCCAGUGGAGAUGUCUGCCAAGAAACCCGUGCCUUUUCUGCGACAAGUUGUCCCUGUCACAAAGAAGAUCCACAGAGACCCUCGAUUUGAUGACCUGUCUGGAGAGUAUAACCCUGAAGUAUUUAUGAAGACCUACAGCUUCCUGGACACCAUCAAGAAGCAGGAGAAGGAGAUGAUUCAGAAGCAGCUGAAAAAAUGCCGGGACGUGGAGCAGAAGGAGAAGCUGCAGCAGCUCCUGAACCGCAUGACACAGCAAGAACAGGCACAGAAAAAACAGCAAAAACGGAGGGAGAGGGAGCUGUCUUUGAAGAGACAACAACGGGAAUUGGCCAAGCAGGGGAAGAAACCCUUCUUCCUGAAGAAAUCUGAGAAGCGGAAAUUGGAGCUGGCAGAGAAGUACGCAGAGCUGAAGAGGAGUGGAAAGCUGGAGAGCUUCCUGAACAAGAAAAGGAAGAGGAACGCCAUCAAAGACAAGCGUCGUCUGCCCUCGCAGAAGAACUUGUGACGGCUGGACAGGCGUGCUGCUGCCUGGAGAGGAACGCUGCCUGGUUUUAGCCUGUGAUCAUUGUUCUCAGUGACGUGCCCGGCUCUGUCUUGUUAAAAACCUUGUUACAGGUCUGGGCACGAGCAGGAGGGCUUGCCUGUAGGCCUUUCCUUCUGAGACUCAGUAAGCCAGCUUCCCUCAGCCUCCCAGCACGGUUCUCCAGCCCCUGCCAGGUUUCCCGUCCCGAUCUGCAGUGAGCCCAGAGGGCCAGCACCUCGCUGCUGGGGGCCCGACCUGGGUGCGGUAUCCAGAUGCAGUCUGGCCAGCGCUGAGAAGAGGCGAGAGAAUUGUGUCGGUGCCUGUUGAAGCGGCCGUGGUGUGGCAGGCCUCCCUCGCGGCCCGGCACACGGCCGGCUGGUGGGGCACAGCUGCCUGGUGUCUCCAGCAGGGCUGCCCUCUCCUCAGCAUGUUCUCUCAAGGGCCGGUGGUGCUUCCAGGUCACGCUGGUUCCGCACAAAAUAAAUACUUCACUUUUCCUCCGU